UUUACAUUUUUACACAUACAUCGGAUAUAAGUAUAUAACUUAUAUGUGUUUAGGUUCCACCGUAAUAUUAUCGUUACAUAAUAACGUCAAGCGUGUCAAAGCAGUCGUCAAGCGUUACGAAUCCGGUCUGAUGUGGAUAGACGCGAACAGCGAUGUCAUCAACUGGAGGACGAUACAUCCAGACGUCGUAGUUAAUCGGUUCCCGAGGGACGCGAACGCCUCGUUGAAGUUAUGCGGCCACACUCUGGCCGGGAAAUCCGAAUUCGACGUUCACUACCCAAGGGCGUACCGGGUAUGCGCCGACAAGGAGGAACACGUGGACCGUAACUUCGUCGUGGACUAUUCAUUAACCGCCUGUGUGUCGUUACUGCGUGCAUUCGUGAACGGAGAUCAUCGAGCCAUGUGCUCCAAAAGCGGCAAAGUACCUCUUUCGGCACUCCACUUCGCCGCUAUCAAAUGUCAACAAUACUUAACGGGCGACAUAUCGCAAAGGGCGUCAGAGUUUUCGGGCAAGGGAGCUGACUGGGAAACAUUUUUCGAACAUUACCACACAAUCGUGAACGACCAGCAAAAGUUCGCCGUGCCGGGGACGGGCAACGACGUGGACGCGGCAUUGCGCAAUAUGGCCACGUCUACCAGACUGAUCGUGACUCGGAUAACGGCGGUAAGGCCGCAGACGGUGAUGGACGGCUACAAGAACGUUUGGAUAGUCAAGGAUACGGCGGCGGGCGACCAUCACCGGCCGGUGAUGUUGAACAAACUCGGCGACGUGCUUAACCGGUGCGCGCGGCCGGGUGGCGCCGCGAACCGCAUCGUUCAGAAAUACGUCGAGACGCCGCUGUUGCGCAACAACAUCAAAUCGGACGUGUACGUAUGGAUCUUACUGUCGACGCUUGGCGGUCGGUUGUCCGUGUGGCUGCACCGGACAUGCAUCGUGCAACCGUAUGCGCACGGGUUCUCAUUAAACCGGGAAUCUGCCAAGACGGGGCACUUCGAGCGGUUCAAGUCCGGAAGGUUGCACGGGAUGCUGCGGUUGACGGCACUGAUUUUUGACCUUAAUCAGCUCGGGGCGAAAAUGCGACGUAGCGCCAAAAACGCGAGAAAGCCGCAGCAGCAGCAACGACGGACUAAACACGACCACCGCGAUAACGGCGGUAAAGACAGCGACCACGUCCACGUGGCGGUCAGGCGGUCCGUGGUGUCGGCGGUGAACGCGGCUGUGGCGGCCGACAUCGUUAAUCUGCGGCCAAAUUGCUUGGAACUGUACCGUAGCACGUUCGUGUUGGGCGACGACUUGAAACCGUGGCUGAUCGACAUCGUGUCUGACGACCCGUGUCUGGCCGCUGACUACGAAGAACGCGACCGGCUGGCGGCGCCCGCAGCCACUCGCUUGACCCGGACCGUAGUACAGAGUGUGGCCAAGAUGCUGGUCGACAACGGUCGCCGGAGCCAAGUCAAGUCGGACGUUGUACGUACGGACCGUGCUGUCGAUGCUUAGCGGCCGGAUGUGCACGGGUUCUCAUUGAACCGGAAAUCUGCCAUGACGAGGCACU